AUGUCCAGUACCAACGUCAACUUCAAAGCCCAUCACAGUGAGAAUCUCUGGAAGAUCGCGACGACUUCAUUCCUGGAUUCCCUCAAGUUCCUCCAGAUCUCCAGGCGUCUCAAUGGGGAGAAGGCCUCACCUCGUGCGCAAACAAUUUGA